AUGCAACGAAAGUCGUUAGUGCUGUUCUGUGUCUUAUUUUGCAUUGCUGAGGCUGUGAAGGAUAACGCCAUCACAAUUCGAGCGAAACGACAGGAAUGCAAAUGCGUUCCAAAUAAUGCCGCUGGUGGACUCACCUGUAGUUGUUCCAAGGGAGCAGCGGACAAUGGCGUUCAAGAACCAGUUGAGAGCAUCCAACAAGCGGAACUCGCUCAUGAGUUAACAAAUAACAUACAGAUGUAUCCACAUGGACAAACUCGGUGCGGAUGUCUGCAAAUCGUAUUUCUCGGAAACCCACAAUACCAAUGUCAAUGCGGAGAUGGUCACAACCCGUACAAUCCUGUGCAAACAACAACUACACCUGUCCCCACAACGACCACCAUGGCUCCAACCACCACAACCCGCCCACCAGUUGAUUACCCACCGAUUCCUACCGUUACUGAAGGUCCUGGUCAUUGCCAAUGUGUGAUGAUCCGCAUCUCGGGACCAGCAUCGGCACAGUACCAAUGCAAUUGUGACAAUUCUCAAGUAAGAGCAUUCGAUGGCAAUGAGUCUUCGAUCAUAAAGGAAGUAAUGAGUGAAAACUGA